AUGUGCCAUGGGAAGCAGGCGAGCAGCGGCGGUGCUCUCCUGGCGGGGCGGCGGCGGGCGCUGUCCGCGGCGCUGUGGCUGCAGCUGGCGCUGAGCCUCGGCCCCCGGCCGGCGGCGGGCGGGUUUGAUGACCUACAUGCUUGUGCUGAUCCUGGAGCUCCUGAACAUGGAUACAAAACACCCAGUGCAGGUGUUUUCUUUGAAAGUGUGGUAGUCCGGUUUCAUUGUCAAGAAGGAUACAGGCUUAAUGGUACUUCAAAAAAACUGUGUGUGAGACACUUUAAUGGCUCCCUGAGCUGGAAACCAAGUGAUAAACCUGUGUGCCUACAAGAAGAUUACCUUGUUCCACUAGUUAGAGACGCUGAGAUUCAUAACAAGACAUACAGGAGUGGUGAUAAGUUAAUAAUCAGCUCUCAUGGAGGAUCCCAGAUCUGAUACCCUGACUUAGACAACAUGGUUUCAGUAUGUCAAGACAAUGGAACAUGGGAUAAUCUGCCCAUUUGUCAAGGCUGCCCGAGGCCAUUGGUUCUUUCUCAUAGUUACAUUAACAUCUCUGUGUUCAAGCCCUCGUUCCCUGUAGGAACAGAAUUAUCAAUGCUGUAUUAUCAAUGCUUUCCUGGAUAUAAACUAGAAGGGGCAGAGUUCCUUGAGUGUAUGUGUAACCUUCUCUGGUAAGAUAGCCCACCUAGGUGCCUUAAUGUGGAAGUUUGUCCACUACCUCCAAUGGUGAGUCACGGAGACCACAUCUGCCACCCACAGCCCUGUGAGCAUUACAACCAUGGGACAGUGGUAGAGUUUUACUGUGAUCCUGGUUAUGUCCUCACCAAUGACUACAAGUACAUCACCUGCCAGUAUGGAGAGUGGUUCCCCUCCUACCAAGUAUACUGUGUCAAAAUAGAACAAACAUGGCCAAAUACAGAGGAGACUCUCCUGACCACAUGGAAGAUAGUGGCAUUUACUGCUACCAGCGUUUUAUUAGUACUGCUUCUGGUUAUUUUAGCCAGAAUGUUCCAGACCAAAUUUAAGACACAUUUUCUUCCGAGAGACAACCAGGAAGGCUCAAUGGGUGACCCCGACUUUGUGGUGGUGGAUGGUGUUCCUGUCAUGCUGCCUUCCUAUGAUGAAGCUGUAAGCAGUGGCUUGAAUGCUCUGGCACCUGGAUACUCAGCUACCACAGCUCAGGGGCACGAUUUGCAGACAGAAGAUCAGAACCCUCCUGCUUACCCUGGCCCCAGGUUUACAGACAUGCUGCCUUGUGAAUCUGAGCCCUGUGACAGUAGGUUGGGCUCCUCUGAACUGCUCCAAAGUUUGUUCCCUUCCCCAAUGUGCCAACCAACAGCUCUUCCUAGUUCAGAUAGAACUGAUGGAUUCCACAGCACUGCUGGGGAGGAUGCAACUACAAGUCCAAGGAUUGAUAUUGCAGAUGACAUGCCUUUGAUGGAAGAAGACCCUUAGCCUACAAAUAGACACAUCUUCACCACAUUGCAGUGUUGGGUGACAUUAAUCAUGAGGAUUUAGAGAUAGAAAAGACUAUGUGGAUCUGGAGAGGGUAUUUUCCUACUUAUCAAUCUUCCACGUGAAGAUGUCACCAGAUUAGGUGUACAUCUUACUCCACAGCAUGAAUAACAGCAUCAGUAUUUGGAACAGCAACAGUUUUAUGAUUGAAUCCAGGGGAUUUGAUGAGAGCAGAUGUAGAAAAAGAACUGUGAUGUUUUAGAAAUGAAAUGUUU